AUGGUGCCAGAGUAUGCUCAGUAUGUUCUUGCACACCCAUUUCCUAGAUUAUCACACUCAGAUGAGCCCAUGUCAAUGUUUGAUGAUGGGGAGGAGAGACCACCACAAAGAGCACCUAGGCAGAGGAGGGGUAGAGCUGAGGGGAUAUGUGGGGGUGGAGAUGGCGAUGAUGGAGGUGAUGGUGGUGGACAUGAUGGGGAUGGUGGGGGUGGUGGUGGAGGAGAUGGUGGUGGUGGUGGAGCUAGCAACUCAGCAACAACAAUAGGAGCUAAGGAGCUACCCGGUGACUGGGAUACACAGGUAGUGAGGAGGAGGAGGUCUGGGGGACAGGCAGGAUAG